AGGAACAGGUUGCACACUAAGGCAUAACAGGUAAUCUAAUGAUUAUAGUUAUAUUAUUUGGCAGGAACAUUUAAAAAUAACAACAAAAAUGUUUGAAGAAAGUAUAAGUGAACCAAACAUUGUAAGAAUUUUCUAAAGUUUAUUUGCCAAGUGGUUACAUUUGUUCUACAUUACUGGCUUUGUACCAUCAUUCUUACAACAAAGAACGGCUACUCUUGAAAAAGGAUGCCAGCAAUAGCCACAGCUAAAUUAGAGCUGAGAACGUAUGUUACCUGGAAGAGAUUACGCUGUGCUCACACAUGCUCACAGAUCACACCAUGAACAUGCAUCACUGGAGUAGGUGGCCAGACAUCCCUGACACCAAGCAGGCUGUUCACCCCAGAGGAACCACGGCCAGCCUCCUGCCUGCCAUUUGUAGGACAGAGUCCUCAGAGCUCAGUAUUCAGUUAACUUCUUUAUCAUACAAAUCUUAGAGCUGUGACUAAAAUGGCAACAGCUGGUAAUGUUUGUUAAUUAAUUACAGAUAAACAGAUAAGGUAUGUACAUUUACCUAAAGUUGGUUUUGCCAUUGGAGGAGGAUAGAGAAUGGAACAGGAUGUGAUUAAAUAUAGAUGUUUUGCUGGGAGGAAGGGGGGAGUUUACUGAUGUCACCUGAGAGGAAAUCAGCCUUUCUGAAAGCGGAGGAGCUUUAAAUGGCACUGAAAAUUGAUCUGCUUUACCUAAGCUACUUUUUGGAAAUAAUCUGUAUCUGUUUCCAUGGGGCAAGUUUGAUACUUGUGUUGGUGUUUCCCUGGAGCUGAGGCCAGGAGGCCAUCAGUGUGUGCUGCCUGUAAGGGAGGUGCGGCAGAAGCUGGUGGUGCCACUCAGGGCGCGACCGUUACCAGGCCAGCGGGUAAACCGCCCCACUGGCACCAUGGCGGAUCCGCCACAGCCUGUCUACCAGGGAAGUUUCACAGACAGAUUUCCCCACAUCUUGGCUGCUGGGAAGCUGUUUCCAGCUGGUGAUACAGCUGCACAUUGCCUCACUGAAGCUUUACCCAGGCCUGUUACUCCAGCUAUUGUAAAGAAGUUUCGCAAUACGACAAAUCCAGCUCCUGGUGCUAAAAGAAUAUUCUAUGGCAUAGCAGAUGAUCCUGAUGUUGCAGCUCACUUGACACAUGGCAUAACAUCAGGUUCUUCAGUUGCUGCAGCUUCAUUGAUAAAUCCGCUUCCUAAAACUAAUUUUCAACAAAAAUUACAAGACAGAAAAGAAGCGAUCUACUUUAGUAAUCGUGAAGCACCUUUGGGCAGGUCACAUGAUCAAUCUGCUAUGUUACCCGAGGGCUUGGAUAUAACCAAUACCACAUUCGGAACAAAAGUUAUCCAAGAUACCUCAGCUGGGGAACUUAUAAAUCCUCCAAAAACUUUUGCAGAAGUAGAUAAAGAAGCCAGAGAAGGACAUGAUUUGUAUGUUGUGUCACACAACGAUUAUUAUCCUGGGGAAGCAAUAAAUAGGAAGUAUGACUCACCGAACUUCAACAAGUCUUAUGUGUAUGGAAUAGAAACCCCUCACUUUGAAGAUGGACGAAAUGUAUCCAAAUCCUUAAAUUGGCUCUACGAUUGGCAAUUGAAAAGAGCAGCAAAAAUUGUAUCCAAAAGACUUGAUGACUUCAAGGAAAAAUUUCAGCCUCAGAUUGGAAAAGUCCUUGAUCCCAUAGCAGAAACAAUGAAUGUUCCUGCAGACCAUACCUUUGGAAUGUUACUCCGUCCAGAUGAAUAUGGCGUUGGAGAUCUUCUUCACUGUAGGGUUCCAAGUGAGUUCCUCCGUGGCAAAGACAGAGAGAGAGCUGUCUUAGCUGCAGUUAGGCAAUGUUUGAAGAAAGCUAACUAUGAAAAUUUUGACAUGUUACUAGAAGCAUUCAGGCAUUAUGAUAAGAAUGGUGAUGGGAUGAUAGACAAAAACGACCUGAGGAAGUCCUGUUUUCAACUUAAUCUGAAUCUAGACAGUGAGCUCUUGGAUUCCUUAUUUGACUAUUGUGAUGUGGAUAAAGACGGUCUCAUUAACUAUCAGGAAUUUGCAAACUUUCUGAAUUGGAAAGACAAAAUGGCUGUAGAAGAAUUUGAAGAAAAAGUAAUCACGAAAGGGAAAAAACUAGAUGUUCUUCCUCAGUCUGACACAAAGACAGAUGAUGAGCCACUGUUGAAGCAAGAAGAUCUUGUAUUAAAAGAAGCAGGAAGCUCAGGAAAGACACCAAAAACGCUUACAAGACCAACAGACAGUGUAUUUGCAGACUAUCAAACAACUUCUUCCCAGUAUAAUGCUGUUGUAGGUGGUCUUCCAACAAACUAUUAUCCAGUAUGUGGCGUUCCAACUAUUCGUUCAGAUAUUCCAGCUCCUCGAAUUCGCCGCAUUAGUGACAGAACUAAUUAUGGUGAUGAGGCCAAUGCUUAUGCAUUAUUGUUCCCUUCUGUCUUCAGUCAAAAGGGAGUGUAUGAAGGAGACUUCUUUAAAUCAAGACCAAAGGCAGAGGUAGCAGAAAUUCUUCACAACAUUGGUGUGAACAUUUCAGAUGAAAGAUUUGAAGACAUAUGGAAACAAGCCUGUAUGAAACAACAAACAGAAGAGGUUUGUGUAGAAAGUAUCAGAAAUAUACUGGAUGAGAUGCACGCAUCACACACAAAAGAUAGUUACUAAAUCCAGUCUUUGAGCUCUGCAUUUAUUUAAAUUGACAUCAGUCAUAAAUCUGGUGCUUAAUAUAAUAAAUAUAUUUUUUGAAAGAUG